UCUUAGAGGGGUACGUAUAUUUGCUCUGCAUCACGCACUGACUGCAGGCAUGGAAAAAGGAGUCGGUGUGUAUGUGUAAAAAGACGUCGAAUAAGUUCUUUGUGGAGCGCCGAGGAGCCGCGAAUACAGCACCGACAUCUGUAGUUCGAGCGACUUUUCUCGUCGUGCGCACCGGGACAGGACGCAGCAGGCUCGGGUGUUAUCAGAAGAGCAAGCGACCGAGAUGCGGAAAACGUGAUUGGAGGACUGGCUGUUUUGAUGAGGAGUGUUUUGGAGUUGUCAUUGAGUGUCCUUUGAUGAUGAUGAUGGAGGAAGAAAAUGAACAUCAGUUGUACCUUAUAGUGUAAUGCAUUCAGGGAAUCUUCUCACACCAAAUAUUUGAGUUGAGCUUAUAUACCUGCAUAUAUUUCCUGUUUUAUAUGCAGGUAUACACACACACACGCGCACACACAUGCCUGUCUAUAUUUCCUGGUUUGCUGUCUUCACCUGGAGAGGGUGCGCUGCUCGGUUUAAGUGCUUCACUCAAGCCAGGAAGUAGGAAACCCAAGAUGCUUUUAGAUUUAAGUCAGUCCGAAGUCAGAAAAUGAUCCAGGAAUUAACUAGUAGAUUAAAACGAAACAUCCCUGCUCAGAUAAUACCGUGUUACCCGUGUAUCCGGAGAGGCUCGAGUCCUCUGAUCUUCUGAAACAUGGAGCUCAAGAUGUUCAUCCUUGUCUUGGGGCUCCUGGUGGGCAGUUUGAUGCCCCUCGGAGGGGCCGCCAGCUCUCCAGACACGGGCACCGGUCACGGCGGAUCCCACGGCAACAAGGAUCCCGGGGACGCGAAGAACGGGAACGGAACGACUUACUCCAAGAAGCCCUUCCCGGUUCUGUCUUUCGAUUAUGAACACGUCCAGCUCCCCUUCGAGAUUUCAUUAUGGGUUCUGCUGGCUUCACUGAUGAAAUUGGGGUUCCACCUGAUCCCUCGCGUGUCCUCUAUCGUGCCGGAGAGCUGUCUGCUGAUCGUGGUGGGCCUGCUGGUCGGCGGUCUCAUUAAGCUGGUAGGCGAGGACCCUCCGGUGCUGGAGUCCAAGAUCUUCUUCUUCUACCUGCUGCCUCCCAUCAUCCUCGACGCCGGCUACUUCAUGCCCAUACGGCAAUUCACUGAGAACCUGGGCACUAUUCUCAUGUUCGCAGUGGUGGGAACGCUCUGGAAUUCCUUCUUCGUCGGUGGUCUGCUGUACGGGGUUUGCCAGCUCGAGGGCCAUAAGCUGGCAUACGUGGACCUCCUGUCGUGCCUGCUGUUCGGCUCCAUCAUCUCAGCCGUAGACCCCGUGGCUGUUCUGGCUGUGUUUGAGGAGAUCCACAUUAACGAGCUGCUCCACAUCCUGGUGUUCGGAGAGUCGUUACUUAAUGACGCCGUCACUGUGGUGCUGUAUCAUCUCUUUGAGGAGUACAGCAGUGUGGGCUCGAUCACUGUGACGGAUGUGUUUCUGGGUAUCGUGUGUUUUCUGGUGGUGUCGUUGGGCGGUAUCGUGGUGGGCGCCAUCUACGGCAUCCUGGCGGCCUUCACGUCCCGCUUCACCUCGCACACGCGCGUCAUCGAGCCUCUGUUCGUCUUCGUCUACAGCUACAUGGCUUACCUGUCGGCGGAGGUGUUUCAUCUGUCCGGCAUCAUGGCGUAA